AAUAUAUAUAUGUGAAAAAAAUUUAUAUCAAAAAUAUAUUUUUCGUUCAUUUGCCCAUUUGGUCUCAAUGAAUAUGGUCUCAAUCGCUUGAUUAUGAGAAUGAAAGGAUGUGAUAUUGGAUCUUUGGUGUAAAAGCGAAGAAAUUAAAUAUAAAAUGAAGCCCCAGAAAGACCAGAGAUGAACAGUAACCUAGAAAUGUAAUAUCCAGGAACACAAACACAUCCCACAAGGAUUGAAUUCAACAAAAUAUCGACCACAAAGACAUCAAUCUUUGGGACCAGGAACGAUCUAAGCAUUGGAGAAAUGAACAGUACUCAAAACCAUGGUACUCAGCACCGAAUGGUCUCAAGUUGAAGUGAUUGAUCUUCUGAAUGAUGGUUCUGGUCUCGGCUUCGGAAUUGUCGGGGGCCGCAGCACUGGGGUCGUGAUAAAAUCCAUUCUUCCUGGUGGCAUUGCUGACAAAGACAACCGCUUGCAAAGCGGAGAUCAUAUCCUGCAAAUUGGAGAAGUAAAUCUAAGAGGAUUAACUGCAGAGCAGGUGGCUACUGUACUUAGACAGACUGGACAGCAGGUGAGAAUGGUAGUAGCAAGAUCUAUAGAUCCUAGUUCAGCUGACUUCAGUGUAUAUAACUGCUCAGCACCAAUUGUACCAACAAAGAUACUCACUGAUCCCGAAGAGUUAGAUAGACAACUGCAGAAUGGCUAUCACUCUUCUUUUUAUCAAUAUGCAGAAGCUCUAGAAGUUUUUAAAAAUGAUUUGAUCCAAAACCAAGUAGAAAAUUGCAUCAAUGAUCUUAAUUGUGAAAAUGCAUUGACUGUUGAUGAGAAUAAAGAAAACAUUACACCAAAUGGGUUGUCUACAAAUGAGCCUACACAGAUAAUCCUGGCACAAAUUGAUAUUGAUCAUAAUUGUGUGGAAUCAGAAACAGAGAAGUUUACUGUUGAUCUAAGAAAGGAUGAAUUAGGAUUGGGAAUUACUAUAGCAGGCUAUGUUUGUGAAAGAGAAUCCUUGUGUGGCAUUUUUGUAAAAAGUCUAAAUGAAAAUUCAGAAGCCUACAAAUGUGGUAAAAUAAAGAUCAAUGAUCGCAUUGUAGAAGUGGAUGGCCAAUCCCUGGAAAAUUGUACCAACUAUGAAGCUGUGAAAAAACUCAAAGAAACCAGUUCUGAAGUUACCAUAACAUUUGAGAGAUAUCUGAGUGGCCCUAAAUUUGAGCAACUGCAAGAAGCUCUUGCUGAUAGGGAACAUAACUUGGAUAUCAGUCCAGUUUCUCCUUCUUUGACAACUUUAAGUUGGAUUCCUCUAGAUAAUACAGAGCAACCAAUUGAUGGUGAUAGAGCUUCUCUGCAGAGUGUCAAUAGUGCCAUAUAUGACCAGAACCCUGAAACUAAAGAGAUAUUCAUUGAAGAAAACUUUGAAGCUGACCUAGCUGGUGAUCUAGAAACAGCUAUCAAGAAAAAGUGGCAGGGUAUUGUUGGAAAGGGGGCAGAUAUUGUAGUAGUACAUUUGACUAAACUGAAAGGUCUAGGAAUUAGUUUGGAAGGUACUGUUGAUGUAGAAGGAGGUAUAGAACUUAGGCCACAUCACUACAUACGUUCAAUCCUACCUGAAGGACCAGUGGGACAAAAUGGAGUCUUAAACCCAGGAGAUGAACUAUUAGAGGUUAAUGGGCAAAAGUUGAUGGGAAUCAAACAUGUCGAGGUGGUGAAAAUCCUGAGAGAAUUACCCAGCACCGUUCGAUUGGUUUGUUACCGUGAAAAUCAAUGUAAUAGAGUGAUUAAUACAUCACAGGACAGAGAGGCUUUUGAGGCUCGCAACAUAUUGGGAGGCAGCUUGAAAAACCUCUUGCCACAGCCAGAACAAAAGCUGAUCAAGGCUUUGAGUGAUACUAGUCUGAAUACAUCUAGCACUGUUACAGCAACAGACGAACCCAACCUACAGAAGGCCAAAUCCCGCUCUCUCGAAGUCACCAACGUCGCCAUGUGGUCGGAGGAGGUCGAGUACGUGGACCUCGUGAAAGGCGACAGGGGCCUCGGCUUCUCCAUCCUGGACUACCAGGACCCGCUCGAUUCCACGGCCAGCGUGAUCGUGGUGCGCAGCCUCGUGCCUCACGGGGCGGCCGAGCAGGACGGCCGGUUAACGCCGGGAGACAGGUUGGUGAGCGUGAACGGCAAGGGGAUCAGGAACGCCACUUUGGAUCAGGCGGUGCAGGCGCUCAAGGGUACCGCACCGGGGGUGGUCAGGCUGGGCCUGUCGAAACCUUUGCCCAGUUGCAGGCAGAGCAAGGAAUCGGUCGGGACUUAGGCCGGUUUUUCGUCGGGUAGGUGCGGUUAGAGAUCCUAAAUGUACUUGACACUGCUGUUUUGACGUUUUUGGAAUACUAGAGUACGGACGGACACUAGACAAGCAGUGCUGUUUUGACGUUUUUGGAAUAUUAGAGUACGGACGGACACUAGACAAGCUGUGGCAAUCAAACAUAACCACAAACGAUUUUGAAGCAUAUCAUAUGUUUAGCCACACAAGGACAAGAAUAUUUUUUUCGCUUAGAUAAAGGUUCCUUGCAUCCUUCCUUCCUUCCUCCACAAGUCCUGGGAAGAGUACAUCCAUCUAUCUUUCUCUGUCUUUGAUUUUCGUAUGAGAGUGCAUAGCGUCUCUUCGAGUGGGUAAAAAGGGUACGAUAAAUUGAUUAGAAAAUCAUUUCUUCUCGAAAUAUUGAAUGAUAAGGCUGAAGGACCUCAAUGAAGGUCGAUAUAAAUAAAUGAAUAUCUUUAUUUUCCUUUAGACUUUCUAAAAAAGUAUAGGAAUAGUCAGGUUGUUACAAGUAUAUGAAUCUAAAACUAGAUAAAUGACAGAUUACAUAAUAUAAAAGAGAGAAACAUGGUCAUUUAUGAAAAUAUUCGUUAAGCGAGUAGAAACACUUUUCUAUGAGAAAUGAUUUCAAGCAUUUUCUGAAAGAAGAUACUUUUUUGCGUUUUUCAAAUAUUCAGGUAAGUUAUUGAAUAUUCUAGGACCUAGGAUAUUUGGUGUAUUACUCAAAAUAUUUGUUCUGCUUAGUUGAAUAUAGAAUUCGUUCCUCGACCGAGUAUUCACAUCAUGUUUAUCACUGUUGCGAUAUCAAGUUGGUAUGUACAUAUAUACCAAGGAAAUACAUAUACUAUUUCUAUGAAAUAAGUCUCUUGUAUGUAUUUGAAAACCUCGCAAAUUUUGUGGCCUGAACCUAUAUUCCAUGCCGGCCGCAUCAUAUUCUGUUUCCAUUUCUGUAGAAUUACGUUAUCCUAUGGAAAUUCAAAUAGAGUGAAUUGAUUUCCCGUGUUCUCACAGUUGGAAACUGCACAAACUUGCAUCUUUCUCCUAAUUCUCUCAAUUUGUCAAACCUUCGAAAUUUAUGUCAUGUGUACUGUCAGUUCCCGCUUUUUCUAUCAAUUUAUUUGUGGUUAUGUCUGAUUGUCAAAGAUUGUCACCUUGUCCGUACUUCAAUAUACAAAAAACGUCAAAACAGCAGUUUCAAGUACAUUUAGAAACUCUGGGUGCCGUUAGUCUGGUUGCCAACCUUACCCCACUGACCUGUAAUUUUUGUGGUUAUGUCUGACAGUGCUUGUCAUAGUGUCCGUACUCUUAUUUACAAAAAACGUCAUAAUAGCAGUUUCAAGUACAUUUAGGAACUCUAGUCUGGUUGCCAACCUUACCCCACUGACCUGUAAACAACAAUUGGAAGUCUUACGACCAACAAGCGAAGCGAGCACUUCAAUUGGCUGACGCACCUGCGCAGUUUUCAUAAGCGUCAGCACAGCCUGUUGUUGGUCUUUGUUUUGGUGAUUUGUUAGAACAUAAGGCAAUUAAAAAUAAGCGAUACGCCUUGCGGUUAUUCAAGUAACUAUUAGAAGGUUCAUUGAAUGUUUGUUUACAUUUCAGUUUCCAUGCAUUUUAUCGAAAGUUUAGUGGGCAUUGUGAUAUUUUUUCGAAUUUGAAUUCCUCAGUAGAGUAUAGGUCACGUGCACGAUGACCGACCCUGGAGGUAAAAUAUUGAAACACAACAUCACUUUCUUGUAAGACAUUGAAACACAACCUUACUUUUUAUUUGUUUAUAGAGGAAUCAAGGGAUCGAAAUAAUUUUUCACAAUAUUUUGGCUUUCAAAUCGUGUUUUCUGCGCUAUUCAUUAAUUCAAGCAUGCCCUCUCAUUAUGCUCUUGUACAAUGCACAAAAAAUGCAGCGAGAGCCGAAGGAAUAUGAUUUUUCUGAUAUUGAAAUUCCUUCUGCCACUUCUGCUAGUGGAUUGAAAAUGUCUACAACACACACGAUCAUAUUUCGUCAGCAUGUCAGACCAUUCCCCGUUUGAUUGUAUUAGAUUCACUGGAUCGUAUUAACGAUUGCAUGAAUCCAAUCUUCUUGCAUUCUUUUAAAUACUUCACGAGUAUUUCUAUUAGCUCCUAUUGCAGAAGGAAUUCCGAUGAGAAAUCGGAGAAAUUACCAAAUUUCAAAAUGAAAACUAUAUGUGAGUAUAGUUAGUACUUAAUUUGAAAUCAUAAUCUACUAUCCGGAUUCCUUCGUCUCUCGCUGCAUUUAUUGUGCAUUGUACAACAGCAUAAUGUGAUGGCAUGCGCGAAUUAAUGAAUAGCCGAAAAACACGAUUCGUAUGCCAAAAUAAUUGUGAGAAACUGUUUCAAGGCCGAUUCAUGCAGUCAUUAUGAUCACAUUUUCAUUACAUUAUAAAUUAAGAAUGUUGAGAACUCCUAUGUCAUAGAAUGCAUUCAUGCAACAGAUUAACACAUUUUCAUUACAUUUUCAUCACAUUAGUGCACUAAGAAGUUGACCAACUUCUAACUUUUCAUUAUAAUUACAUUAUAGUUCUAGUGAAAACGAAUGAUUUGCAAGAUUAGAUCAUUGAAUAUCUAUGAUUGAAUGAUCAUUUUUUCCACAAAACUAUUUGUGAUUCACCUCAGAUAUUAUAUUUAAAAUAAAUCCAUAUUCUCAAAUAACCUGUAAACAUUUGUAAAAUCCAAGCAGAUCACAUAACCUCGAAUAAUUAGUUCAUUAUGAGCAUGCGUUGCAUGAACGGGUAGCCCGCGGCUAGUGAAAAUGUAAUUUUAAUGUAGUGAAAAUGUAAUUAUAAUGAAUGUUGCAUGAAUCCGCCUUAAUCAUUUGUCAACAAAUAUAAAAAGUGAGGUUGUGUUUCAAUAUUUCACCUCCAGGAAUUUGGAAAAAUUAAAUCCUUACUCAAAAGCAAAGCACAUGAUAUGUUAAAUUUUUUCCACUAGGUAGAUCAAUUAUUCACAGAUACAUCCAGCUUUGAGCACACACUCACAUAUGUUUACAUCUCAAAUACCUUCUCUCACAAUAGGUGGCGGGUCGAGUGGAAUGACGACGUGAGCGACCAGGGUUGCCACUGUUGCCAGAGUUAUCCGAAUUCUUUAAACUAUGUACCUACACCCAAACAACCCGACGCAACUACAAGUUGUAUUGAUGUAGGACAAUAAUGAGGACAGAACUGCGAAAUAUAGUAGGCAACGAAAGUUUUUCAGAUGCAUUUAAAUUAGACCAGUUGACCGAACGCAUUUGAAUAACUUCGAGAAUUCGACAAAACUUAAGAUAUUGACUACCCUGUAGGAUAGGAUUUCUUUCACUGUGCUGUGUCUCCAUUUUCUGAUUCCGAUUCCAUAGGGUUGAUUUCCAUGUGCAUAUGCAACUGCAUAUUGUUUUCAAGGAAUGCAAAACUUUUCGGAGAAAUUGAUGGUCUUUCAGAAAUAAGCAAGGUUGGCAACCUGACUAAAUUCUCCCAUUGCCAGCGAGUAACGAGAUCUCGAACUGAUCUCAAACGUUCCCAUAAUUAAAGGCUUCUUGCACUUGAACCAAAGUUUACAAAAGUGAUCUCUGGUUGAACUAAUCAAUGCUACCUACCUCCUUUUUCCUCAGGCAACCGCUUUUCAAUGCUCAAAAGAGUCGACGGAGUGUGUUUCGUUUUGGUUCAAUAACACUUUUUAUUUGUUUUUGUUCAAGUCAUACUACUUGAUGAGCUCUUUCUGCAUGCAGUUCGAAUGUAAUUCAGCUUUCAAUUGGAAAGAUUCUCUAGAUGGAGAACUGUGUAGGUAGUAUAGAUAUAGUAUAUUAAUGGGGUUCUUCGGUAAUCCUUCCUUCUGGCAAAUUUUCGACCUAAACGCGAAUUAUUAUAUUAGCUUCAGAUUUAUUAUGAAUGCUAAAAUACUGAUUAGUGAUUCUUACUUCGACUCCAAAAUGAAAAUAGUCCAUUGACAAAAAAACGCAACAUUUUUGUAGAUAGCACAGAAGCAUUUUGUCCCUCUUAGGAAAACGAUUUCAAUCGAUAGUAAAUCAGAUAUACCCCAUAUAUUUUCAAGAUGGACCAAAUUUCAACCGUGAUUGAUAGAAAAUUGGGAAAUAAUUGUUUAACCAAGCCAAGUUUCUCAGAAUCGUGCUGUGAACUUCUGACAUCAUCUAUUUCAUCUCAUUUCAAUCUAUUAUUUUUUUUUCAUUCCUUCAUUUUCGAUUUUCAAAAUCUCUGAAUUCUAUAUCUUCUUACAAAUAUCAUUAAAUGUGAAAAAAGCAAAAAUUAUGCAACAUUAAAGUCGCAAUACAUAUUUAUUAUACAUAUAUCGAAGACUGACACCUUUGGCACAAAAAUAUACUACUCUGUUUUACCACUAACCAAACACGUUUCUUAUACGCCUCGACACGUGUUUCGCUAACUAUGUUAGCAUCUUCAGAAGAUUAAAACAGUGAAUUGUGAAGAGAAAAAAGCUGCAGAUUGAGCUCUGCAUUUUAGCUGACUCGUUCAAAUUCCAGCUGAUUGAACCUCAAUAUUUCGAAACAUUGAUCUUGUGAACUAUAUUCAGCAGUCCAUGUGGUUCGUAUUUUUCAGUUCCGAAGUCAUUGCUGGUUAAAUUUGGACCAUCUCGUAUUAUAAUAAUCGCAAAACAUUGCACAAUCACAGCUUUUGCCUUUUCCCAAGAUCAAGCAUGGUCGGGAUUAGAAUCGGAAUGAAAUUUCAUACGGAUCUACAGGGUGAAAUCCCGAUCAAAUUUCCUUUAAACACCUGCCUAAAAGCUUAUAUCGCUCACUGGGUGCAACAGUGGCAUAUCAAAAAAAUAUAAGUUUCGAGAAAACGAUCAAUUUGUAGAAAGAAAUUGAAAGAUUUGAAUGUUCAAUAUCAACUCUCUCAUCUAAUUAGAAAUUUUAUAUUGACAUGUUUUUAAAAUUCGUUAUCAAGUUAUACUAUUGCUAUUUUUUACAAAAAUGUCCUUUUUUUGAAAAAAAAAAAAAAAUUGUGCCGUUAUUGACCUUGUUACACACAAAAUUAUCAUAAAUGAAGUGGAAUAUCUCAAUGAAAAAUUCUCAAUAAAAUUGCGGUUUAAAGUUAGAACACUUUUUUAUUACAAAAAACAAGUACAAAAAUAUGGCUUGGCAACUAUAACAGUUUAUUUUAUAAUUUACGAGCUAGGAACUUGAAAUUACUAACCUAAUUUUUAACUGAACUCAAGAAAAAUAUCCUAAAAAAGCCUCAAUUUAAAAAUGAACGAAAACUACGGGCUGGUUUCAAAAUAGGAGAGAAGGACUAAUACUUCAAUUCAAAGUCGGUAAGUAAUUUCAGUUGAGUAUCGCAUGGCAUCGACUUUGAAUUUAGGUAUUAGUCACUCUCUACUAUGUCGGUACUCGCCUUUAGGUACUACUCUGAAACUAAAUAAAAACUCAUCCUUAGUCUUUGGCAUAUUUCAGGCUAUUAUAAAAGUGACUGUGACAUUUUUUAAUGGCAUUACUUUUUAGCAAAUCCAUCAGGUCGUCAAAUUUUUUUUUUGGAAUUGGUAUAACAUCUUGGUACGCACAUUCCAGAUUAGCAGUUUCGAAAGAGUCGAAGGCUGCAGUUGUUCGCGUAUUUCUUUGUCUAAUGCUUACACUUUUGUAGUCAGUUUGACUAAACGAAGUUUUGUAGAAGAAAAUAUCUGGAGAAUUUUUCUCUACUCUAAAAACACAGGCAUCAUUCAUUUUAACAAUAUCGCCAGAACUGUCCCUAUAAUAAUUAAAAGAAGUUUGCGUAGUUAAUUUUUUUAAGUCAAAAAAAUCAUCAAAGCUCAUCUCUUCAACUUUGUAAGGAGUACCCGUCUUCUUUGCACCUUUGACCAACAUCAUGUAAUGGUCUGGUGUAUAAAUUGGACCAGACUUUAGUGCCCUCUUAAUGUUUUUUUCUAUCACUGAGUGAACGUUAUCACCUUCGUUUUGUGUGUGGCCGGUCACCAAAUAUUUAUGCGUUAUUGACUUAAUGUUAUACUUAGCUACCGAAUAAAAGUAAGCUGCUAAAACAAAUUUAUUUUUUUGCUGGCCUGAGCAAUUAUCAGAAUAAAAUACGAUAUCUAAGUCAUUACCAUCAUAAGUUUCACUCUGUUGUUGUAAAUAUUUUAUCAAGCAGGAGCCAAUUUCAUUGGCUCCUCUUUUGCCUUGUCCUUCGUGCCACAUAAAACACGUAACAGGGCCUUGUCCUUUCUGAGUAAGACCACACACAGUAAAAUUGUAAGUCGAGAGUUUCGAUUUGUAAUAGAAUGAUGAAACGUCGCCCUUUGGUGUUGGCAAUGUAGCCUGCAAAUCAAAACAACUAACCCUGUAAUUUUCACUACAUUUUUUUUUAUCUGCUUCUUUUUCCUUUCUGCUUAGCGUCUUUUCUCUUUGGUGUAAUAAAAAGUCUUCUUCCAUUCUCUGUUUCUCGUCAACAUCCACAUUUUCAUAGGAAACACACUUUUGGCAUUGGUCUUUUUUGGGGACAAAAAAAGCCAAGUUGAAUUCAUAAUAGAAAAUAUCCCUGUAUGUUGUUAAACUUGCGACGGAUUUGCCGGCCUGCUCACAUAGAUUUUUGUAGUCUCGGUAUAGAUCGGUUAAGGUCUUACCGCCUUCAAUAUACUGUUUUUCACUAUGAGCUCUGGUAUAGUGGCUAUCAAUCUUAGGAAUUGACGAAAUGUGAUUACGGAUAUCAUCCUUUAAGUCCGGUAUUUGCUUUUGAUUUCCAUGCCUACCCCUUUUAUCUUCAAAAUGUCCUUCUUUUCUCUUAGAUAUCACGCUUCGAAUACAGCGAGUGGUAAUUCCCAAAGUUGAAAUAAAAAACACCUUACAAACCCUUAAUUUUUGAUUAUCUUUGAAAAGAUAAAAAAUGUUAUUGUUGGUUCGUUUGUUUCUACCAUUACGUGAAAUGGAAUUAUUGUCAUCUCGAAGUAUUUCGUGCAUCAGUGUCACAAUGAAUGUUCGCUGUUUGACAAUAUCGGCGAGGUCCCAAUAUUUACGAAAUAUCGCUGUUCUUUCCUCGUCAGAGAAUUUAACUGAACACUUAAGUUUACAAUUAUCACCACAAGGAGGUUUCAUUUGUCUAGGUUCUACGAUAUGACGUUUCUUAAGUGUGACGUAGGCCUGUCCGCUAUUUCUUAGUAAUUUUGUUUUAUUUCUUUUCCACUCCUGAGGGUCCUUCUUUCUUUUUGUGGUUUUCUUUUUUGUUACAAUUACUUCCUCUUCAUCUUGUGAUGGUGCUUCUUGUUCAUUGUCUGUUGUUGUGGUUGAUUCAGCUUCGUAAUUAGGAUCGAUAAUUGAGUCGUCUGAGAAAGGCUCAGACUCCGAAUUAGUUUCUUCCUCAUUUUCUCUAUCUAUUUCUUCUUCUGCUCUAUCGACUUCCAUUUCUACACAAAAAUCACGAUCAACUUCUUUCAACUGCCCUUUUUGGAUGUUUGCUUCUACAUUGCUGAUAAUUCUUUCUAUAACAUCGUGUAUCACAGACGCAUCAGAUGCGAUUUUUCCGCUUGCAGUGUCUUUCCUUAUUCCUAACAUUCCUAGAAUUUUUUUACCUCUUGUAUUGGAAUUUUCAGGAUUCAUAUUGCAAUUAACUUCAAUUUGGUGAACUGAAACAAAAAAUAUUAUUUUUCAGUUGAAAAAAAAUUCAAGAUACAUACAAAGAUACAAUCGUGAAAGGAAUAAUCUUUAAGAACUUAAAAAUAUAAAGCAAAGAAAUAAGGUUUGCUCAUUUCCGGCAAUACUUUAAAAUUAUCCUUAAAAUAAACUGUAUCAAUAAUAGGCAUAAUUCAAAAACACCAAACAAUAUUUACAAAACAACAGUGUCACAUUAUGAGAUGUCACGCAAAUGAACGACUUUAAUUCAGAACUUUAAACAGACAAUAAUGGCACAUUUCAAAAAUAUCAACAAAUAAAUAUGCAAUACUGGCACAAAUUAGGUUGAUCCAAUGAUGUGCCACUAUUGUUUUACAAAAAUUAAAAUAUUUAAAAUACCUUACCGUACUAUGUGAAAUAUGCCACUAUUGCACUAUUAACGAUGUUCACUGUGCGACGGUCACUAACGAACUAAACUAUUUGUGCCGGUGUUGUCUGCGUAACUGUUAAAAAACGCGCGAAAUUCAAUAGUGACACUAGUGCCAUCUAGCGGCACCGUGUGAGAUAACGAUGUGCCAGUAUUGUAAGUAGGUAAAAUACAAAAAGCGAGUAUUUUGGGUACAAUUAUCUGGAAAUGGCCCUUUUUCGAGAUGUGCCAUUAUUGCACCUAGUGAGCGAUAUGAUGAUCUACACAAUAUGUGUGACAGAUCAACCAAGGAAAAAACUUUGAAUGGAAGCCUCGAUCUGGUACGGAGUUUUUUCCUUGCUUUCGCUGAAUAUGAUAAAUAAGUUAGUACGCCUUCUUCAAUUUAGUCGAUAGUUUCAUAGUUGUCUAUAUAUAAAAUUAGACAGCUGAAGGAAACAAUCUUCCAUACUUUUCCAUCAAAUUGCAAAUGAACAUUUUUGUUUAAGUAGAAGAUUGCUAUUUUUUUCGAUAUUUCAACUUCUGUUUCUCGUUAAAGAGUUUUGUUAGUAUGGUCAACUAAAGUUGAAAUUCAGAUUUAUUUGAAUAGCACAGUAAGAAUGAUGAUGAGUAUAACUCGAAAAACUAGAAUGGAAUUGUAAAUAAGAGUGAUCACAAUAAAUUAGGAAUUGUUUAUUUUUUGAACUGAAGCUUGUGUAGAUUUACGUGCCAUAUUUAUUAUUUAAUUUAUUUUUUCUCAAAUAUUUAAGACUGAUUUUUUUUAUUAUGUACUAGCUGCAAUAUUCCAGAACUAUUGUUGUGAAACCACUUUAGUUAGUCAUAUACUCCAUAUAGAAACUAACUACAGGAUGUUCCAAAAGUCGAUGGAUUUUUUCUAGCCAAACAUAAUUUUGUUUUUCUACAUUCAUGCAAAAAGCAGAACUUUAUUGAACUAUAUUUAGUGGAAAAAGAAGUUCUUUAUUGCACUUAGUGCAAUAAAGUUUUUAUUGCACUCAUCUGUCAUUCUACUUCAACGUGCUGUCAUCAUGACAAACAUUUUUUAUAUUGCAACUGUGGUUAUAGAAACGUCAGUCAAAAAUUAAUUCUGACAAUUAACAGAAUUGUACUUAGUGCCGCGCAUCUCAAUAAAUCAUUUUUUGCUUUUUGCAUGAACGUAGAAAAAAUGUUGUAUGCAACUCGUGCAAUAAACAUUCGCUUUUUGCACUUGUUGCAUAAAUAACUAUUAGUCUCUUCCAGUUAUUCGAUAACCUCGAGUUUUUUUGAAAAAUCUAUUUUUUUUUCAACUUAUGUGUGUAUUAUUUCUGUUGAUUGAAAAAAAUAUAGUUCGUUUUUACUACAGAUAUACAUUUUUGCCUAGGAAAAAGCAUCGUAAAUACAUAUAUUAGACCAAGAAGUCGUGUUACAUCGUUUUGUUAUGAAAUGUGAAAAAUGGUAUUUUUCAAAAAACUCAUUAUAAGCGAAUAUACAGAGGUAUGUAAUAUUUAUUACUCAAAGCAGACUUAAGCUUCCCCCUCAUCUCCAUAAGAUUUUGCAUCAACCUUUGGAAUACCCUGUGAACGUUUAAUGGUCAAAGUCUUUCCAAAUAUAGCAAAAAGUCCACGUAUUUUGCACUGUCUUAACGGAAUGGUUUCAUAAUAGAACGGUGGUGCUUUGUGAUUUUUUUAUUUGCGUGGACUAACCAAUGCAGAAUUUAGAUUCACAUUAAAAAUGUAGGUUUGAACGAAAUUACCAACAAGUCAAUGUAACAAUUAUUACAUUUAUUGAAUACAAUUAAAUAAAUAAAUACGUUUUAUAA